AUGGGUCUCAAAGAUAUAUCCACAGAAGUUCUAGAGAAUCCUGAAUUAUACGGUUUAAGAAGAUCAUCGAGGGCCUCCAAGCACGUCGUUUCAUACAAUACUAGCGACGAGGAGGACGACGACGUAGAGGAUGAUGAUGAUGAUGAUGUUAUAAGUGUAGCAAACAGAAAAAGAAGAAGCACACGUGGGAAUACUAGUAAAAGAAAAAAUGAUGAUCUUAGUGACUACGAUGAUGCAUAUGAAAAUGACGAUGAAGAUAAUAAUGAAGAUAGCAUGGACGAUUUUGUAGUGGAUGACAAUUUUGAUGAAGGUUAUAGUAUGUCAUCGAAGCGAAAGAGGAGAAAGACCACAAGAGCCACUUCAACUCGUAAUAAGACAAAUAAUUAUAACAGGACCAAAUUUGGAAGUAGAAAUAGACUUGCUAGCAAUCGCUCAAAGAAACAAAAAAGUCAACAUAACAGUGAUGAGGAUGAGAAUGAUAGUGAAAGCUUGAAACAUGUUCCGACCAGAUUUUCUACAAGAACACGCAAGACUAAUGUGAAUUAUAGAAUUGAUGACGAUGAUGAAAUCGAAGAAGAAUGGCUAGAAAGUGAUUACGAAGACAGCUAUUACUAUAACGGCACCAAUGGUAGUAAUACUCAGGGCAAAAAAAGUACCGAAGAUGGUCCAAGCAUUGAUAUAGUUGUCCGUCACAAAUUAAAGGACAACGUGUCGGAACCUACAACUGAACCGGAUAUUUCAGCAUGCAAAAAAUGCUAUGAUUUCUUAAUUAAGUGGAAAGAUAAAUCUCACUUGCACAAUAGUUGGGAGAAUAGCGAGACUUUGGAAAGUUUGAAAGGAGCUAAGAAGGUGGAUAACUACAUUAAACAAUUUAUAAUAUUGGACUAUCAGUUCAGACAUGAUCCAUAUACCACAAAAGAAGAUUUAGAAAUUAUGGAUUUGGAAAAUGAACGAAGGAUAGACGAAUUUGAUCAAUUCAAAUGUUCAGAGAGAAUUAUUGACAGUGCCAGGGUUGAAGAUGACUAUGGUACCGAAAAUUUGGAAUAUUUGGUUAAAUGGCGCCGUUUAAAUUAUGACGAAGCUACUUGGGAAUCUGCGACGGAGAUUGCGGAAAUUAGUCCAGAAGAAGUGAAACAGUUUCAGCAGAGAUUGCAGUCCAAGAUUUUGCCACAAUAUUCCAGUAAUUUUAACAGCAGCAGACCAAGGUUUGAGAAAUUAAAUGUUCAACCUAAAUUUAUCAAAGGUGGCGAGUUAAGAGAUUUUCAAUUGACUGGUGUUAAUUGGAUGGCGUUUUUAUGGUCCAAGAAUGAAAAUGGUAUUUUGGCUGAUGAAAUGGGACUUGGAAAAACUGUGCAGACCGUUUGUUUCAUAUCAUGGCUAAUCUAUGCCAGAAGACAAAAUGGACCUCAUCUAAUCGUGGUUCCAUUAUCGACGUUACCUGCAUGGCAAGAAACUUUUGAGAAAUGGGCGCCUGAUUUGAACUGUAUUUAUUAUAUGGGUAAUAACAAAUCCAGAGAAACCAUUAGAGAUUAUGAGUUUUACACUAACCGAGAGGCUAAGGGCAAGAAACACAUUAAAUUUAAUGUUUUGGUCACAACUUAUGAAUAUAUUUUGAAGGACAGAUCAUCUUUAGGAUUGAUCAAAUGGCAGUAUUUGGCGGUUGAUGAAGCACAUCGAUUGAAAAAUAGUGAAAGUUCCUUGUACGAAGCAUUAAAUAGUUUCAAAGUGAAUAAUAAAUUGCUAAUUACUGGGACACCGUUGCAGAACAACAUUAAGGAGUUAAAUGCAUUAGUGAAUUUUUUGAUGCCAGGUAAAUUUAAUAUUGAUUUAGAAAUUGAUUUUGAAAAGCAAGAUAGAGAACAAGAAGAAUACAUUCAUGAUUUACAGAAGCAAAUCCAGCCCUUUAUAUUGAGGAGGUUGAAAAAAGACGUUGAAAAAUCACUACCUUCCAAAACUGAGCGUAUUUUAAGAGUAGAGCUAUCUGAUUUGCAAACUGAUUAUUACAAGAAUAUUUUAACCAAAAAUUAUGCAGCAUUGCAGCAAGGAGGUAAAGGCGGCCAUUUUUCAUUACUAAACAUUAUGAACGAGUUGAAAAAGACAUCCAAUCACCCAUACUUGUUUGAUAAUGCUGAAGAUUUGGUCCUAACAAAAUUUGGGGAGGGUAAAAAGACCCGAGAAAAUAUUUUGCGUGGGUUGAUUAUGAGCAGUGGUAAGAUGGUUCUUUUGGAUAAAUUAUUAACUAGACUGAAAAAAGAUGGACAUCGGGUUUUAGUAUUUUCGCAGAUGGUUAGAAUGCUAGACAUACUUGGAGAUUAUUUGAGUAUUAAGGGUAUAAAUUUCCAACGAUUAGAUGGUACUGUUCCCUCUCAACAACGUCGGAUUGCUAUUGAUCAUUUUAACGCACCUGAUUCCAACGAUUUUGUGUUUUUAUUAAGCACAAGGGCUGGUGGAUUGGGUAUUAAUUUAAUGACUGCUGAUACUGUUAUUAUUUUUGAUUCUGACUGGAAUCCUCAGGCAGAUUUGCAGGCUAUGGCUAGGGCGCAUCGUAUUGGACAAAAGAAUCAUGUUAUGGUUUACAGGUUUGUUUCUAAGGACACUGUGGAGGAGGAAGUUUUAGAAAGGGCCAGAAAGAAAAUGAUUUUAGAAUAUGCUAUUAUAUCUUUGGGUAUUACUGAUCAGCAUUCCGGCAAAAGCGGCAGCGGGAUUAGUAAGAACAACAAAAAUGAACCGAGUGCUGGUGAAUUGAGUGAAAUUUUAAAAUUUGGAGCUGGAAAUAUGUUUAAAGCCAACGAAAAUCAAAAGAAAUUGGAAGAUUUGAAUUUGGAUGAAGUGUUGAAUCAUGCGGAAGAUCAUGUUACUACUCCUGACUUGGGUGAGUCACACUUGGGUGGUGAAGAGUUUUUGAAACAAUUUGAAGUCACAGAUUAUAAAGCUGAUGUUGAUUGGGAUGAUAUUAUUCCCGAAGAAGAAUUGAAAAAAUUAAAAGAUGAGGAAAAAAGAAGAAAUGAUGAGCUUUAUGUCAAAGAGCAGAUGGAUAUGGCUCAAAGAAGAAGUGCUGCCUUGAACAAAAUAAAAAAUUCGGUUAACGGAUAUGGGAAUGGCAAUGAUGCUGAUGCCGAUGGCACAGAUAACGAUACAAGCAGUAUUAGUGGGCGUAGACGUCGCAGAAUGGAUAGUAUGAAUGUGCUUGGAGAAAGAGAAGUUAGAGCAUUGUACAAGGCCAUUCUUAAAUAUGGGAUUUUGGACAAGGAGAGAAUAGAUGAUUUGAUCAGCGAUGGUUCAUUGCCAGAAAAAAAGGUUUCCAAGUAUGAAGAGGUUUAUGAAGAAUUUAUAGAUGUUGCAAAAGAAGAACUGGCCAGUGAAGAAAAAAGAAGGAAAAAUGUUAUUAAGAAAUUGGAGGAAGAUGUGGUUAUUUAUAAUGAAAAAUUGAAAGCUGGUAAAGAUGUUAGCAAGUUGGGGAACCCGGUUACCAAAUUAAGUAGUAAAAGAAAGGAGAAAAAGGCCAUUUUGUUUGAAUUUUAUGGUUGUAAAGGAUUUAAUGCAGAGACUGUAUUGAAAAGGCCACAGGAAAUGUUAUUUUUGCAUGAUUUUUUAGCUAAAUAUUAUUUGCAAGAUCCGUUGAAAUUUAGAUUUAUCAAAAGAUUCCCUAAACAAGUUACUACUUGGAAUUGCACCUGGACUGAUGUUGAUGAUGCUAGGUUAUUAGUUGGGGUUGAUAAAUAUGGUUAUGGAUCCUGGUCACGGAUUAGAGACGAUCCAUUUUUAGGUUUGACACAAAAAUUCUUUUUAAAUGAAUCCAGUACAACACCAAACAGUUCCAAGAGUAAUAGUAACACUAGUAAUAACAACAGCAACAAAGAAAAUGCCACGUUUUCAGGUGUUGUGAGUGGGACUUCAAAACCUGAGUUUAACUUCCCCAAGGGACCUAGGGCUGAUAUAGAGAAAAAAGAAACAACGCCUUUAUCUGUUAGUAGUAGUGAUAGUAACGCAGUGCAAAUAGAACAAAAUUUGCAAUCACCAAUGGAUAACACACAUAAACCCAAUAGCAUUAAUGGUAACACUAAAAAGGUUCCUACUGGCGUUCAUUUAAAUAGAAGAAUAGAUUAUUUGUUUACUGUACUAAGGGAAGAAGCAAGUGCUUUAGAUCCAAAACUAGCUAAUACUAUUGGGGAUCAUGGCAAUGGUUCUGGUACUAAAAAUGUUGGACAAACUGGGAAUGGCGCAAUAUCAUUGUCUUCUUUAAGUAGUAACGGUAAUACAUCAUUGAAUGGGGUUACAAAAAAUAAAAAGAAAAUACCGAUGAAUACGGCUGUUACUGCUACGAGCAACAAUGUUUCUAACGUUACUUUGAACAAAAAUGCAAAGAAAAGGGGCAAAAGUUUGCAUAGUAACUCGAAGGAUCUACCAGAUAAGAUUUCACUAACCAUGAGUUUUGUAAGACCAUCUUUACUCAGAUUACAAAAGGGUGGAAAGGGUUUAGAUCGCAAAGAGUGGGCUCAUGUUUUAAAAAAAGAGUUGUUAACAGUUGGAGACCAUAUCAAAGCAAAUAGCAAUGGCAAUGAAGAAUAUAAGAGAUGCUUGUGGAAUUACGCAACCAAGUUUUGGCCUGCUUCUGUAAAAAGUCAACAAUUGUUUGGAAUGUAUCAAAAGAUCAAAGCAGCAGAAUCCAAAUAG